ACGGGACUGUAUACUGACGUAUCUAUAAAUGCUUGUUUCCAUUCUCGUUCGCAAACGGAGAUCAUCGUCGAAACAGCCGACUUUUCCCGAAGCAGGUGAAGUCGUGGUUUAUUUUUGGUUCAAUCUUGAUAUAUCGUCGUGAACGUGAAAUUAUGAUAUCACAUUAAUUUCAACUGACUGGUUGGAUGGUGAUAAGAAAAUGUCUUUGCAUAGAGUAAAGUUAUUGUUAUCGGGCUUAAAUCCCCCUAAAAAACUAAGUGCUAGCAAGAUUUUUCACCAAGAAACACGAACGGUGACAAAUACACGUUCAGGAAGUCUCCUUCCAGAACCGAAAAAAACACCUUUCGGUAUUCUUGGUAUUAUUUGUGCGGUUAUCCCGGGUCUACUUAUUGGUGCUACUAUCAGCAAAAAUAUGGCUAAUUUCCUUGAAGAAAAUGAGCUGUUCGUGCCGUCCGAUGAUGAUGAUGAUGAUGACUAGACUCAAAUCCUGUAGUAUCUCGUUGUGAAGGAAUGUUGCAUUACGAUCCUUACUUGCUUCAUAGCCUUGCGCACACUGCAACAAUAUGAUCUGCAAUUACAAUGGUCUGAAGAAGUUGAGGCACAAUUGCUGGCGUUUAUUUUUAGGUAUUUAUUUACAAAAAUGACAAAGUUUUAGUACGCACAGUAGUAGUUGUACAAAUUACAAUUACCUGCAAUAUAAUGAUCACAAUGUUUAUUAAAUUAAUAAAUGGCAAAUAAAUAUGUAUAUAUAUGAUA